AUCUUCAAUGGCUGGGAACGAGUCCCUUCCUCUCACAAUAAGCAACCAUGAAACCACCACAUUCUACAAGUGAGAAAUAAGACGGGUGCUUAUGCUGUCACUGGGAAUUGCAAUGGAAGUCUAAGCCCCACUUCCUCCACUCUUCUACCAGACAUCCCACUAAUCAGGCUUCAAUGAACCCUGCUGCGAAACCACAAUCGACUAAGCUAAAUCUCUCCUCUUUCCAUCCCACUCAUGGCCAUCAACCUAUGUUCACUACUUUGAUUACCGGUCUCCUCUCCUUUCUACUCCUCUUACUCCUCUAUCUCCACCAUUCCAACAAGUCAGGCAGCAAAACGACGCGACCACCUGGUCCUUCAGGUCUCCCCAUCAUCGGUAACCUCCACCAACUAAGUUCCUUGCCGCACCGCUCCCUAGCCCACCUUGCCAAGAUCUAUGGACCCCUCAUGCACCUUAAAUUGGGCCGAGUCCGCACUUUGGUAGUCUCCUCUCCUAAGAUGGCCGAGCUGGCCAUGAGGACCCUUGACCAUGCCUUGUGUAGCAGGCCUAUCCGUGCGGCCACCAACCACCUCACCUACAACAGCACAGAUGUGGCCUUUGCACCAUAUGGACCAUAUUGGCGCCACAUAAGGAAGAUUUGCAUCCUGGAGCUCCUCAGCUCAAAGAGGGUCCAGUCGUUCGGGUUUGUGCGAAAAGAGGAAGUGGGUUCCCUCGUCGACUCGAUCUUUGUAUCCUCCGAAGCUAAAGCUCCUGUCAAUUUGAGAGAUGCGUUUCAUUCUCUCGCUAGCAAUGUGGUCUGCAGAGUGGCACUUGGGAAGAGUUAUUGGGAGGACGAGCCCGAGUUGAAGGAGAUAUUGGAUUCUUCCCAGCCAUUGAUUAGUGGCUUCUUUGUGGGGGACUUCUUUCCAUCAUUGGAGUGGGUGAAAUAUUUGACAGGGUUUCAAAGGAGGUUGGAGAAAAACUUGAGGCAAUGGGAUUCUUUCCUUGAGAGAGUAAUCGAUGAGCACCUUCUUCCUACUCAUAAGAAGGAGAAGAAGGACUUAGUGGAUGUACUGCUAGAGCUCCAAAAAGAGGGCACCCCUGAUUUCACCCUCUCUAGAGAUAACAUCAAAUCUGUUGUUCUGGACAUGUUUGCAGCUGGGACAAGUACCACUGCGGACGUACUAGAGUGGGGAAUGUCUGAGUUGAUAAAGAACCAAUCAGCAAUGAAAAAAGCCCAAGACGAAGUACGAGGGAUAGCUAAAAGCAAUAACAAAAGCAUGAUAAAAGAGACAGAAUUGCAACAGCUCCAUUACCUGAAAGUAGUGGUGAAGGAGAUCUUGCGAUUGCACCCUCCAGCUCCAUUGUUGAUUCCUCGUGAAUCGAUCGAGGAUUGCGACAUAGAAGGCUACUUUGUCCCUUCAAAGACCAGAGUUUUGGUGAAUGCUUGGGCAAUUGGGAGGCACCCGGACUCAUGGGUAGACCCAGACGAGUUUAGACCCGAUAGGUUUACGGGUAGUAAUAUUGAUUACAAGGGCCAUGAUUUUGCGCUGAUACCAUUUGGUGCAGGCCGAAGGGGAUGCCCUGGAAUUUCCUUUGCUGUAAGUGUCAUCGAGCUCGCAUUGGCCAAUCUCUUGCUUUGUUUUGAUUGGGCAAUGCCUGAUGGAAUGAAUCAUGAGGACCUAGACAUGACAGAGGAUUCAGGGCUCACUGUGAAAAAGAAAACCCCUUUGCUACUAGUGGCUACUCCACCAAGCACUUCAUGAUGAAAUGUGUGAUUGGUAAAAAAUUUUGUUUUCUUUUCCAAUUAUAUAGUAAUGCUAAUUUUCCCUUACGACCC